ACAGGAAGCGUCAGCUGUCCGCGCAUGCGCACUUCAGUUCGCGCACUUUGAACCGUGUGGCGGGAAUCUGAUCUUCAGGAUGAAACCAGCUCGAGGCUCCAGAAGGGCCUCCACACGGGGCCCGAGACGAGACACACACACAACUGAUCAAACGUCCAAACCCAGAUCUGAAGCUCCAGUGCCACUGAACAAACACCGCGCCCCGGCGAUGACAGGAAAGAGUAAGAAUAAGGCAAACUGGAAGCCACUGACUAAAUCCACGCUGCUGGCUCUGGAGAACAUGCUCGGUCUGUCCACGCUGUCUGUACUGGCUUUGAAGAGCAAAGACAAAGAAGAAUCGCAGAAGCAUCUCAACCUCCUCAAAGAUCAGUUCCUGGCCAAGUGUGCGCAGCUUUCUGUUCCCCCGAGGAAACCUGGAGACAUCAUGCACGUGUCCCAUCAGUUCAGAGCAGAGAGGAAGAAGUCCGAGCACGGCAGGAAGACGCUCGAGGCUCUAGAGGAGAACAUGCGCUCGGUUGUUGGCACGCUGGAGGAGAUGGAGGUGCAGAUGGAUGGUUUGGAGGAGAAGUGCCGGAUAAUGAGACGCAAACUAGAAGAGGAAGAGGACGAGGCACAGGAGUUUCUCCAGAUGUCAGAACAGACGGUCCUGUGUCUUCCUGCUUUACCGUCUCGGCCGGCCGGCGAGCCGACUCUACAGGAGCACCUCAUGAGGACGGUCCCUGAUCCUCCGGCGGUGGUCCGAGCGCUUCACACGGCUCCGGUCCUCGAGGAUGUGAGGGUCUUUCUGGAGCUCGCACAUAAACAGGUGGAUUCAGUGCAAGCCCUGGACUGAGCGUCUCACACAGAGAAACUGACGUUUACACACAGACGACGGACGAUAAACAAAGCGACUGCUUGUUUAUUUGAAAACCACAAGUGUGCAUUGAGAACUAGACACAGAAAUAACAUGCUUUUCAUGCAUUAAUGCUGGGAUAUCAAGCUUGGGAUUCUGAUUCCACUGCUGUCUGGUAAAUCAAUCAACUUCUAAAUCUCAAUCUUAUGUUUGGGUUGAUGUCUGUAGUUUUGUUUUAAAUGCUUUGCUAAUACUCAAGCUGAAAGCUUUCUAUGCGGGCACAUCUCUAAUUGCGUAAUAGUAGAUAUGACCAGUCUUUAGUCACAGGAAGGAAAGCAUUUCAUCUGCUCUUAAGUUCCUAAAAUGCAAGUGCCACAAUGCAACGCAAGAUUAAAACAAUCAAUCAAAGCUUUCUGUAUAUACAUCUUUCUCAAAAAAAA